AUAAGGUAGCAGAGGAAGUGGCAAACAGUCUACACCCUUCUCUGCAUUCCUACACUACCGUGGCCCUGUCAGAGCAGUCCAGACUUUACAGGGGAUCACAUACAGGAGUAUCAGAUACAGGAGGAUCGCAUACAGGAAGAGGAGAGGAAGAGAAGAAGACAGAGGCCUGAAGAGACUGACAGAGAGUGUCAGAGAGAGGUGUGACAAGUAGAGAAAAACUAGUUUUUGAGUCAAGUCAGGGAGAGGAGGCAGGGGGAGCUCAGAGAGAGAGAGCUGUCCAAAGAAGUGAAAGAGAGAUUAAAGUGCAAAGAGAUCAACAGUGAAAAAACUCGGUGAGAAAACAAAAAUAGACAUCUACAAUCGGUUUGAGUAGGUUAAAAGGUACAACCGCCGUACAGUACUGUACUCGACAGCCGGAUUUGACCAGAGCUAGCAUCGCCAUGGUGACCCUGGACACGCGGACCUUGACGGUGCCCGUGGGCAUCGUGAGGAUGCUGGAGGUGGUCCUCACCUGUAUCUCCUUCAGCCUGGUGGCCUCGGUGGGUCACUUCGGCUCAUCCUACUGGGCCUGGUGCAUGUUCACCUGGGUCUUCUGUUGCUUCGUCACCCUCCUCAUCCUCAUCAUGGAGUUCACCACCCUCCAUGCCCGGGUGCCCAUCUCCUGGGACGACUUCACCACCGCCUUUGCCAUGCUGUCCACGCUCAUGGUGCUGGCUGCCUCCAUCAUCUACCCCACCUUCUUCACGUGUGUCUCCUGCGGGAAGCAGAUUGCCGCCACCGUCAUUUCCUGUCUGGCCUUCCUCUUGUACGGCACGGAGGUGGGCCUGAUCCGGGCCAAACCCGGCGAGAUCAGCGGCUUCCUCUCCACCAUCCCGGGCCUCCUCAAGGUCCUCGAGGCCUUCGUGGCCUGCAUCAUCUUCAUCUCUCUGGACCAUGGCUCCUACUCGCGGUUCCCAGGGCUCCAGUGGUGCGUGGCGGUCUAUUCGCUAUGUUUCAUCUUCGCCCUCAUCAUCAUCCUCUUUACUAUCUGCCGCCUGCUGUCGCUCUUCCCGUUCCCGUUCGACAAGGUGCUGACGGGCUACAACGUGCUGGCCGUGCUGAUGUACAUGACGUGCGUGGUGAUAUGGCCUCUUUAUAGCUUCCAGAACAACCACAGCAGACCCAGCGGGUGUGGCCGCAACUGCUACUGGGAUAACCAGGUUGUAGUGGCGUUCAUGACCUGUUUCAACCUUGUGGUUUACAUUGUGGACACGGUCUACUCUUUCAGGCUGGUGUUCUUCGUCACCCCGGCUUAGGACAAAGGUC